GGCAGCGCAUAGGCUACAGGGCGGCGCCUGUCUAUAAAUUCUCAGACGCAAUAUUUUUCUCAGCUCUGCACGAUUCAACUCUCCUCAAUCGCCAACUCCACACUCGUGAACGUGCAACCUAACUUAGACCUGCAACCAUGCCAUCAGAACUGGAACGAGCAAUGGAGUCCAUGAUCACUGUGUUCCACAAGUAUGCUGCUAAGGAGGGCAAUGGCAACACUCUGAGCCGCCGUGAGCUAAGGGACCUGAUGGAGAACGAGCUCUCUGGCUUCCUCAAGUCUCAGAAGGACCCAGCCACAGUAGACAAGAUCAUGAAGGAUCUGGACUCUAAUGGUGAUGGAGAGGUGAACUUUGAGGAGUUUGUUUCUCUCGUUGUGGGCCUGUCCAUCGCCUGUGAACAGUGCUACCAGAUGCACAAGAAGAAGAUGGGGAAGUGAGGGAUGAGAGGAGGAAGGGGCGUGGAGAAAAGAAGGGUUCUAAUUUUCCACUUUUGUAAUGAUCACACUGUCCAUUAAACACAAAGACCAAGGA